AUGGAUCGUCGCCGUCCUCCCUCUGCCUUGUCGUCACAGUCGACUCUGUCCACGGCCAUGUCGCACUCGCAACCAACGCCCAAGGCCAAUGCAAAUGCUAAUUCUAAUGCCAACCUGAACCGGAGCUCCUCUCUCCUCCAACGUCGGUCACAGGGCCACUUGCUGCACAAGGACCCGAGCCUCGACAGUCACCGUCUACAGGACAACGACUCCCGAUCCCCUCUAUCGCAGCAUCAUCACCACCAUCCGCGCCAGUCCUCCCCCAACGGCAAAACGUCCUCUCCCGCUCCCGUGGCUGCUGGUGCGGGUAGAUUCACAGAGGAGUGGGACGCCAGCCAGCGCGGAAGCUCCAUCAUCGACGAGAGCUACAGGUCCCAUUUCGCCGCAAUGCAGCGUUCCAAUUCUGUGCACAGCUUCGCUGCUGGCGAUGAUCAGCAGCUACCUGUGCGGAACAACACUCUUCGCAAGAAGUCAUCUAUGAGGCGGACCAGCAGUCUCAGGCGCAGUAGCAGUCGCCGAAGCAACAGAGCCGGUAGUGUCAGGAGCUUGGCCUUGCAUUCUGCCUCCGACCCCGAUGAUUCCCACAGCGCAUUUUAUUGUCCAGUUCCUACCUCUGGCACUCCGACAGAUGUGCUUGCCAACAGAUUCCAGACUUGGAGAAAGGUUCUCAAAGACCUGAUAACGUACUUUCGCGAGAUCCAAUCGCAUUACGAGCAACGGUCCAAAUCUCUAAUCAAGCUUGCCAACGUUGCAAACAACAUUUCGACUCCCCCUCAAUUUCUCAAAUCAGCCGGAAUCGAUGAUGCCUUGCAAUUUCUACGUAACUACAACAGAGCUGCAAUUCAAGAAGCCAACAAAUCAAAGGAAAUUGAGGAAGACGUCAUUUUGGCCUUGACAGGGUUGAGGAGUGAUCUUCAGCAAAAAAUAAAAGAAAUCAAGCACUUAUCUGGAGACUUCAAGAACUCGGUCGACCGCGAGAUGGAUAGCACCUCCAAGGCCGUCCGUGCUCUCGCUGAUGUGCUUGACAAGACCGAAGUCGACUCUUCGUCCACAACCGGCAAACAGGACCCCUAUCUGAUGCGCCUAGCUGUCGACAGACAGGUCGAGCGCCAAAUAGACGAAGAAAACUAUCUUCACCAGGCUUAUCUGAAUCUUGAGGGUUCUGGCCGAGAGCUCGAGUCCAUUGUUGUUGGGGAAAUACAAAAGGCAUACAAUGCAUACGCAGGUAUCCUAAAGCGCGAGGCGGAUAAUUCUUAUGCGGUUGUGGACGAACUGCGUGAAGGUCCCAUUGGCAUGCCCAAGGAUCAGGAAUGGAUUCACUUUGUUACACACGACGAGCAGAUUGUUGACCCCACGAUCCCCAUGCGAUCUUCGGACCAGAUUCAUUAUCCUGGCCAGGACCACCUCUCGGCGCAGGAGAUCCGCGCCGGGCUUUUGGAGCGCAAGAGCAAGUAUUUGAAGAGUUAUACGGCUGGAUGGUAUGUUCUCUCGACGACACACCUUCACGAGUUUAAGUCUGCCGACAAGGCGCAAGCCCCAAUCAUGUCACUUUAUCUGCCCGAGCAGAAGCUCGGCUCCCAUUCGACUGAGGGUGGAUCGUCCAACAAAUUCAUUCUCAAAGGACGCCAAACCGGUGCGAUGCACCGAGGGCAUACUUGGGUUUUCCGAGCUGAAAGCCACGACACCAUGAUGGCGUGGUACGAAGACAUCAAGGCAUUGACCGAGAAAACCCCGGAAGAACGAUCCCAGUUUGUGCGCACGCACUCGAGGAGCCUCAGCCGAUCAUCCCGCCGAUCCGUAAGCAGCGACGGCAUCGUGGAUGAAGACGAUGACGAGCCUUUUUCUGCAAACCAGAUGGACGUCAACCCAGAGCCACGAGAGGACGCAGUUCCCCGGCGGCCUCAACCAGGUGGGCGGUUUCCAUCAGAUCUUCAAAUCAACGCACAGCGUGGCUUACAGGCGCCACAAUCGCCUUCUAGUGUAAGCUCCGGCCGCCAGGAACAUUCUCCGGAUGCCCAAGUCUAUGCAGCCGCCGGGGCUCUACCCGUUGCUGGGUAUGUGGCCGGGCACGAGGAUCGGCGUCUGCAUCAUGGUCAGGAGAAACACUUGGGUUAUGGGGGCACCGACCAAACUCCAAUGGAAAACAUGCACUCUCAAGCCGCCAUUGCCAGCGAACAGGCUCAGCGUGAUGGUAUUAAUCCAUAUACGAGCGAGCCUGUUUCCCAGUCGCCACACCGAGAAGGGGGGUACUUUGCCGGUGCCGUCGUGGGUUCCAAGGGAUACCAGGAACAUGAUGCUGAAGAAACGAACGCCGGCGCCGUCGGUGAAGUCUCUCACCUUCCCAACGAAACGCCUAUUCACAGUGUAGACGCCAUUCCGGGAGAGUCUGAGAACCAGGCUAUGGCGGAGAAUGGCCGCUCAAAGGCUGCCGAAACGGGCGGUGAAAACUACGUUAAUGGCGCCGCAUAUAGCGACAAGAUAGAUCCCAUUGCAUUGACAGCUAGCAAUAUUCCUAGGUCUGAGACUCAACGAGAGCUCGCUCUCCAAGUGGUCCCCGAGACCAACACCGCCGAACAUGUUACCCCGGCUGAAACCCCCUUAGGCGAGACCAGUAGAAUGAAUCGGAAAGCUGACAAUAGGACGGAUAGCGUUGCCACCAUUUCAAACCUGCAAAUCCCUGGAAAGUUUCCCAAGGGUACUGGUGUAGCCUCGCCAUGA